AUGGGCAUGGAAUUGUUGAGCAUUGAUUCCGUUGAGGAGUUCGAUAAAAUUCAUACUCUCGUCAAGGAGAAAAUGGAAUAUAGGAAUGGUCUGAUGAUCUGGACAGCUGGAGCGAUGAAGGAUGUAGAUCAAUUUUAUUGGAUGAACACCGGAAAUCCGGUUCUAUCUUCAAGAUGGCAUCCGGGUGAACCGAACAAUGGUUAUGGAAACUCCCACUGCAUGCAGAUUUGGAUCAAAAACAGUACAUUCUUGUUCGACGAUACUCAAUGCUCCAAUAAACGGUUCUUCAUUUGCCAAUCGAAGAAAACUUAA